GGAAGAGCCACAGUUUUGGCUUUCAGUGGUCAGUUUGCCAGUUGCCGGUUUUCCCCAAACCUUCUAGAACACCCACGCCCUUUAUUUAUUUAUUAAUUCAAAACUUAUCUACAACGCCAUGUGCCUCCUUAUAAAAGUAAAACCCUCUUUCAUACUCAUCAUCACAUAUUCAACAAAAACCCUCUUCUUCUCUUCCUAAACUCUCAUAAUGGACUUAAUUUCAGGUAUUCCAGAAGACGUUGCACGAGACUGUCUAAUAAGGCUUCCCUACCACCACUUCCCCACGGUAGCCUCCGUCUGCAAAGCCUGGGGCGCCCAGAUUCACUCGCCCGAGUUUCACCGUCAGAGGAAAACAGCAAACCACGCCCAGAAAAUCCUCCUCACGGUUCAAUCCAAGAUACAAACACAAAUAACUAAAACCGGGUUGCUGGCGAAGUCCGCUUCGAACCCGGUUUACCGCUUGUCGAUUUUGGAGCCGAAAAGCGGUUCAUGGAGCGAGUUAGGCUUGGGAGAGGAACUGGGUUCGGGGUUACCCAUGUUUUGUCAGAUAGCGUGUGUGGGGCAUGAUCUAGUGGUAAUUGGGGGGUGGGACCCAGAAUCGUGGAAAGCGUCGAAUUCGGUUUUUGUCUAUAAUUUCUUGUCGGCUAAGUGGCGCCGUGGGACCGACAUGCCGGCUGGGCCCCGCACGUUUUUCGCCUGUGCGUCCGAUCAAGAUCGGACGGUGUACGUCGCGGGCGGUCACGACGACGAGAAGAACGCGCUCAGGUCAGCGCUUGCGUAUGACGUGCCGCGCGACGCCUGGGAGAUGCUCCCGGAUAUGGCGCGUGAGCGCGACGAGUGUAAGGCGGUGUUCCGUGGUGGCGCGCUCCGCGUCAUCGGCGGCUACUGCACGGAGAUGCAGGGGCGGUUCGAGCGGAGCGCGGAGGUGUUGGACGUGGGCGCGUGGAGGUGGGGCCCCGUGGAGGAGGAGUUUCUGGAUGAGGCCGCGUGUCCGCGCACGUGCGUGGACGGUGGGGCGGUAAUGUACAUGUGCCGCGGCGGUGACGUGGUGGGUUUGGAUGGGGACACGUGGCGGAAGAUUGCGAAGGUGCCGAGGGAGCUGCGGAACGUGGCGUGCGUUGGGGUGUUGGAUGGGGCGUUGGUGGUGAUUGGGUCGAGUGGGUUUGGGGAACCGCAUGUGGGCUUUUUUUUGGACCUGAAGAGUGGGGCUUGGGCUAACCUUGUAAGCCCAGAGGAGUUCACCGGGCACGUGCAGUCUGGGUGCCUUAUGGAAAUUUAGGAGUUUUUUUUGUGUAGAUUGGAAGCAACAUUUUUGGAUUUUGGUUGCUUUCAUUACUCAAAAGAAAAGCUCCAUCACUUUUCAGUUUAGCUUUUAAGGAGUUGUGUAUAUAUGAUAUCAUAGAACCAAGAAAAGUGCAAACAUGACAUGAUAAUUGCCAUUACAAAAACAAGAGUGUUUGUGAAGUUGUGCUAUACUUCAUUCACGUUUUGCAAAAAAUGAAUUAGUGAUCUCAUUUCUCUAAUUUUUUGGUCCUUCUCAACAAUCUUGUGUAAAUAUUAUGUUUUUAAUUUUUUACGAGACUUGAAUUCUCAUU